AUGGAAGAAUUUUAUAUUCCUGGAAAGUCGAAGCGUAGGACUUCUAGUGUUACUUAUUCACAUCACUUACGUGUUGAGCUUUUUUAUGUCGUGAUUGAUUUGCAACUUCUGGAGCUUAUUAGUCGUUUUGAUGUUGUGAGUAGUAACCUGCUUCCUGGUAUGGCUAGCUUGAAUCCGGCUAACUCAUUUGCUAAUUUUGAGAAGGAGAGAAUAAUAACAUUGGUCAAGCAUUAUCCCGAUGAGUUUGGUGAAUUGAAGUUUCGAGAUCUUAGUCACCAACUUGACACUUUCAUAUGGCACAUGCAACAUAGUGACCCUGGGUUCUCUGAUUUGAAAGGAAUUGGUGAUUUGGCAAAAGCAUUUGUUGAGGCAAAUCUUGUGGAGACUUAUUCACUUGUUUAUUUGCUUGUGAAGUUGACUUUAAUUUUACCUGUCGCAACUGCAAUGGUGGAAAGAGCAUUCUCAUCCAUGAAGUACAUCAAAGAUGAAUUGCGUAGUAGUAUUAGUGAUGCAUUUUUAAAUGAUUGUUUAGUUUGUUACUUUGAGAAGGAAGUAUUUGUAAAUAUAAACAAUGAUGCUAUUGUUUACCAUUUUCAAAAUAUGAAAGCGCGUCGAGUUCAACUAUGA